AUGGUCCUUCACUUGAGGAAGGGGGCCGAGGGUCCCGUGCUGGCCAGAGGGCCGUUCCCCAAGGGGGGAAGGGGACCGAGGGUCCCGUGCUGGCCAGAGGGCCGUUCCCCAAGGGGGGAAGGGGACCGAGGGUCCAGUGCUGGCCAGAGGGCCGUUCCCCAAGGGGGGAAGGGGACCGAGGGUCCCGUGCUGGCCAGAGGGCCGUUCCCCAAGGGGGGAAGGGGACCGAGGGUCCCGUGCUGGCCAGAGGGCCGUUCCCCAAGGGGGGAAGGGGACCGAGGGUCCCGUGCUGGCCAGAGGGCCGUUCCCCAAGGGGGGAAGGGGACCGAGGGUCCCGUGCUGGCCAGAGGGCCGUUCCCCAAGGGGGGAAGGGGACCGAGGGUCCAGUGCUGGCCAGAGGGCCGUUCCCCAAGGGGGGAAGGGGACCGAGGGUCCCGUGCUGGCCAGAGGGCCGUUCCCCAAGGGGGGAAGGGGACCGAGGGUCCCGUGCUGGCCAGAGGGCCGUUCCCCAAGGGGGGAAGGGGACCGAGGGUCCCGUGCUGGCCAGAGGGCCGUUCCCCAAGGGGGGAAGGGGACCGAGGGUCCCGUGCUGGCCAGAGGGCCGUUCCCCAAGGGGGGAAGGGGACCGAGGGUCCCGUGCUGGCCAGAGGGCCGUUCCCCAAGGGGGGAAGGGGACCGAGGGUCCAGUGCUGGCCAGAGGGCCGUUCCCCAAGGGGGGAAGGGGACCGAGGGUCCCGUGCUGGCCAGAGGGCCGUUCCCCAAGGGGGGAAGGGGACCGAGGGUCCCGUGCUGGCCAGAGGGCCGUUCCCCAAAGGGGGAAGGGGGCCGAGGGUCCCGUGCUGGCCAGAGGGCCGUUCCCCAAGGGGGGAAGGGGACCGAGGGUCCCGUGCUGGCCAGAGGGCCGUUCCCCAAGGGGGGAAGGGGACCGAGGGUCCAGUGCUGGCCAGAGGGCCGUUCCCCAAGGGGGGAAGGGGACCGAGGGUCCCGUGCUGGCCAGAGGGCCGUUCCCCAAGGGGGGAAGGGGACCGAGGGUCCCGUGCUGGCCAGAGGGCCGUUCCCCAAGGGGGGAAGGGGACCGAGGGUCCCGUGCUGGCCAGAGGGCCGUUCCCCAAGGGGGGAAGGGGACCGAGGGUCCCGUGCUGGCCAGAGGGCCGUUCCCCAAGGGGGGAAGGGGACCGAGGGUCCCGUGCUGGCCAGAGGGCCGUUCCCCAAGGGGGGAAGGGGACCGAGGGUCCAGUGCUGGCCAGAGGGCCGUUCCCCAAGGGGGGAAGGGGACCGAGGGUCCCGUGCUGGCCAGAGGGCCGUUCCCCAAAGGGGGAAGGGGACCGAGGGUCCCGUGCUGGCCAGAGGGCCGUUCCCCAAGGGGGGAAGGGGACCGAGGGUCCCGUGCUGGCCAGAGGGCCGUUCCCCAAGGGGGGAAGGGGACCGAGGGUCCAGUGCUGGCCAGAGGGCCGUUCCCCAAGGGGGGAAGGGGACCGAGGGUCCCGUGCUGGCCAGAGGGCCGUUCCCCAAGGGGGGAAGGGGACCGAGGGUCCCGUGCUGGCCAGAGGGCCGUUCCCCAAAGGGGGAAGGGGACCGAGGGUCCCGUGCUGGCCAGAGGGCCGUUCCCCAAGGGGGGAAGGGGACCGAGGGUCCCGUGCUGGCCAGAGGGCCGUUCCCCAAAGGGGGAAGGGGACCGAGGGUCCCGUGCUGGCCAGAGGGCCGUUCCCCAAGGGGGGAAGGGGACCGAGGGUCCCGUGCUGGCCAGAGGGCCGUUCCCCAAGGGGGGAAGGGGACCGAGGGUCCAGUGCUGGCCAGAGGGCCGUUCCCCAAGGGGGGAAGGGGACCGAGGGUCCCGUGCUGGCCAGAGGGCCGUUCCCCAAAGGGGGAAGGGGACCGAGGGUCCCGUGCUGGCCAGAGGGCCGUUCCCCAAGGGGGGAAGGGGACCGAGGGUCCCGUGCUGGCCAGAGGGCCGUUCCCCAAGGGGGGAAGGGGACCGAGGGUCCAGUGCUGGCCAGAGGGCCGUUCCCCAAGGGGGGAAGGGGACCGAGGGUCCCGUGCUGGCCAGAGGGCCGUUCCCCAAAGGGGGAAGGGGACCGAGGGUCCCGUGCUGGCCAGAGGGCCGUUCCCCAAGGGGGGAAGGGGACCGAGGGUCCCGUGCUGGCCAGAGGGCCGUUCCCCAAGGGGGGAAGGGGACCGAGGGUCCCGUGCUGGCCAGAGGGCCGUUCCCCAAGGGGGGAAGGGGACCGAGGGUCCCGUGCUGGCCAGAGGGCCGUUCCCCAAGGGGGGAAGGGGACCGAGGGUCCCGUGCUGGCCAGAGGGCCGUUCCCCAAGGGGGGAAGGGGACCGAGGGUCCCGUGCUGGCCAGAGGGCCGUUCCCCAAGGGGGGAAGGGGACCGAGGGUCCAGUGCUGGCCAGAGGGCCGUUCCCCAAGGGGGGAAGGGGACCGAGGGUCCCGUGCUGGCCAGAGGGCCGUUCCCCAAGGGGGGAAGGGGACCGAGGGUCCCGUGCUGGCCAGAGGGCCGUUCCCCAAAGGGGGAAGGGGACCGAGGGUCCCGUGCUGGCCAGAGGGCCGUUCCCCAAGGGGGGAAGGGGACCGAGGGUCCCGUGCUGGCCAGAGGGCCGUUCCCCAAGGGGGGAAGGGGACCGAGGGUCCAGUGCUGGCCAGAGGGCCGUUCCCCAAGGGGGGAAGGGGACCGAUGGUCCCGUGCUGGCCAGAGGGCCGUUCCCCAAGGGGGGAAGGGGACCGAGGGUCCCGUGCUGGCCAGAGGGCCGUUCCCCAAAGGGGGAAGGGGACCGAGGGUCCCGUGCUGGCCAGAGGGCCGUUCCCCAAGGGGGGAAGGGGACCGAGGGUCCCGUGCUGGCCAGAGGGCCGUUCCCCAAGGGGGGAAGGGGACCGAGGGUCCCGUGCUGGCCAGAGGGCCGUUCCCCAAGGGGGGAAGGGGACCGAGGGUCCAGUGCUGGCCAGAGGGCCGUUCCCCAAGGGGGGAAGGGGACCGAGGGUCCAGUGCUGGCCAGAGGGCCGUUCCCCAAGGGGGGAAGGGGACCGAGGGUCCCGUGCUGGCCAGAGGGCCGUUCCCCAAAGGGGGAAGGGGACCGAGGGUCCCGUGCUGGCCAGAGGGCCGUUCCCCAAGGGGGGAAGGGGACCGAGGGUCCCGUGCUGGCCAGAGGGCCGUUCCCCAAAGGGGGAAGGGGACCGAGGGUCCCGUGCUGGCCAGAGGGCCGUUCCCCAAGGGGGGAAGGGGACCGAGGGUCCCGUGCUGGCCAGAGGGCCGUUCCCCAAGGGGGGAAGGGGACCGAGGGUCCAGUGCUGGCCAGAGGGCCGUUCCCCAAGGGGGGAAGGGGACCGAGGGUCCAGUGCUGGCCAGAGGGCCGUUCCCCAAGGGGGGAAGGGGACCGAGGGUCCCGUGCUGGCCAGAGGGCCGUUCCCCAAAGGGGGAAGGGGACCGAGGGUCCCGUGCUGGCCAGAGGGCCGUUCCCCAAGGGGGGAAGGGGACCGAGGGUCCCGUGCUGGCCAGAGGGCCGUUCCCCAAGGGGGGAAGGGGACCGAGGGUCCAGUGCUGGCCAGAGGGCCGUUCCCCAAGGGGGGAAGGGGACCGAGGGUCCCGUGCUGGCCAGAGGGCCGUUCCCCAAAGGGGGAAGGGGACCGAGGGUCCCGUGCUGGCCAGAGGGCCGUUCCCCAAGGGGGGAAGGGGACCGAGGGUCCCGUGCUGGCCAGAGGGCCGUUCCCCAAGGGGGGAAGGGGACCGAGGGUCCCGUGCUGGCCAGAGGGCCGUUCCCCAAGGGGGGAAGGGGACCGAGGGUCCCGUGCUGGCCAGAGGGCCGUUCCCCAAGGGGGGAAGGGGACCGAGGGUCCCGUGCUGGCCAGAGGGCCGUUCCCCAAGGGGGGAAGGGGACCGAGGGUCCCGUGCUGGCCAGAGGGCCGUUCCCCAAGGGGGGAAGGGGACCGAGGGUCCAGUGCUGGCCAGAGGGCCGUUCCCCAAGGGGGGAAGGGGACCGAUGGUCCCGUGCUGGCCAGAGGGCCGUUCCCCAAGGGGGGAAGGGGACCGAGGGUCCCGUGCUGGCCAGAGGGCCGUUCCCCAAAGGGGGAAGGGGACCGAGGGUCCCGUGCUGGCCAGAGGGCCGUUCCCCAAGGGGGGAAGGGGACCGAGGGUCCCGUGCUGGCCAGAGGGCCGUUCCCCAAAGGGGGAAGGGGACCGAGGGUCCCGUGCUGGCCAGAGGGCCGUUCCCCAAGGGGGGAAGGGGACCGAGGGUCCCGUGCUGGCCAGAGGGCCGUUCCCCAAGGGGGGAAGGGGACCGAGGGUCCAGUGCUGGCCAGAGGGCCGUUCCCCAAGGGGGGAAGGGGACCGAGGGUCCAGUGCUGGCCAGAGGGCCGUUCCCCAAGGGGGGAAGGGGACCGAGGGUCCCGUGCUGGCCAGAGGGCCGUUCCCCAAAGGGGGAAGGGGACCGAGGGUCCCGUGCUGGCCAGAGGGCCGUUCCCCAAGGGGGGAAGGGGACCGAGGGUCCCGUGCUGGCCAGAGGGCCGUUCCCCAAGGGGGGAAGGGGACCGAGGGUCCAGUGCUGGCCAGAGGGCCGUUCCCCAAGGGGGGAAGGGGACCGAGGGUCCCGUGCUGGCCAGAGGGCCGUUCCCCAAAGGGGGAAGGGGACCGAGGGUCCCGUGCUGGCCAGAGGGCCGUUCCCCAAGGGGGGAAGGGGACCGAGGGUCCCGUGCUGGCCAGAGGGCCGUUCCCCAAGGGGGGAAGGGGACCGAGGGUCCCGUGCUGGCCAGAGGGCCGUUCCCCAAGGGGGGAAGGGGACCGAGGGUCCCGUGCUGGCCAGAGGGCCGUUCCCCAAGGGGGGAAGGGGACCGAGGGUCCCGUGCUGGCCAGAGGGCCGUUCCCCAAGGGGGGAAGGGGACCGAGGGUCCCGUGCUGGCCAGAGGGCCGUUCCCCAAGGGGGGAAGGGGACCGAGGGUCCAGUGCUGGCCAGAGGGCCGUUCCCCAAGGGGGGAAGGGGACCGAUGGUCCCGUGCUGGCCAGAGGGCCGUUCCCCAAGGGGGGAAGGGGACCGAGGGUCCCGUGCUGGCCAGAGGGCCGUUCCCCAAAGGGGGAAGGGGACCGAGGGUCCCGUGCUGGCCAGAGGGCCGUUCCCCAAGGGGGGAAGGGGACCGAGGGUCCCGUGCUGGCCAGAGGGCCGUUCCCCAAAGGGGGAAGGGGACCGAGGGUCCCGUGCUGGCCAGAGGGCCGUUCCCCAAGGGGGGAAGGGGACCGAGGGUCCAGUGCUGGCCAGAGGGCCGUUCCCCAAGGGGGGAAGGGGACCGAUGGUCCCGUGCUGGCCAGAGGGCCGUUCCCCAAGGGGGGAAGGGGACCGAGGGUCCCGUGCUGGCCAGAGGGCCGUUCCCCAAAGGGGGAAGGGGACCGAGGGUCCAGUGCUGGCCAGAGGGCCGUUCCCCAAGGGGGGAAGGGGACCGAGGGUCCCGUGCUGGCCAGAGGGCCGUUCCCCAAAGGGGGAAGGGGACCGAGGGUCCCGUGCUGGCCAGAGGGCCGUUCCCCAAGGGGGGAAGGGGACCGAGGGUCCCGUGCUGGCCAGAGGGCCGUUCCCCAAGGGGGGAAGGGGACCGAGGGUCCAGUGCUGGCCAGAGGGCCGUUCCCCAAGGGGGGAAGGGGACCGAUGGUCCCGUGCUGGCCAGAGGGCCGUUCCCCAAGGGGGGAAGGGGACCGAGGGUCCCGUGCUGGCCAGAGGGCCGUUCCCCAAAGGGGGAAGGGGACCGAGGGUCCCGUGCUGGCCAGAGGGCCGUUCCCCAAGGGGGGAAGGGGACCGAGGGUCCCGUGCUGGCCAGAGGGCCGUUCCCCAAGGGGGGAAGGGGACCGAGGGUCCCGUGCUGGCCAGAGGGCCGUUCCCCAAGGGGGGAAGGGGACCGAGGGUCCCGUGCUGGCCAGAGGGCCGUUCCCCAAGGGGGGAAGGGGACCGAGGGUCCAGUGCUGGCCAGAGGGCCGUUCCCCAAGGGGGGAAGGGGACCGAGGGUCCAGUGCUGGCCAGAGGGCCGUUCCCCAAGGGGGGAAGGGGACCGAGGGUCCCGUGCUGGCCAGAGGGCCGUUCCCCAAAGGGGGAAGGGGACCGAGGGUCCCGUGCUGGCCAGAGGGCCGUUCCCCAAGGGGGGAAGGGGACCGAGGGUCCCGUGCUGGCCAGAGGGCCGUUCCCCAAGGGGGGAAGGGGACCGAGGGUCCAGUGCUGGCCAGAGGGCCGUUCCCCAAGGGGGGAAGGGGACCGAGGGUCCCGUGCUGGCCAGAGGGCCGUUCCCCAAAGGGGGAAGGGGACCGAGGGUCCCGUGCUGGCCAGAGGGCCGUUCCCCAAGGGGGGAAGGGGACCGAGGGUCCCGUGCUGGCCAGAGGGCCGUUCCCCAAGGGGGGAAGGGGACCGAGGGUCCCGUGCUGGCCAGAGGGCCGUUCCCCAAGGGGGGAAGGGGACCGAGGGUCCCGUGCUGGCCAGAGGGCCGUUCCCCAAGGGGGGAAGGGGACCGAGGGUCCCGUGCUGGCCAGAGGGCCGUUCCCCAAGGGGGGAAGGGGACCGAGGGUCCCGUGCUGGCCAGAGGGCCGUUCCCCAAGGGGGGAAGGGGACCGAGGGUCCAGUGCUGGCCAGAGGGCCGUUCCCCAAGGGGGGAAGGGGACCGAGGGUCCCGUGCUGGCCAGAGGGCCGUUCCCCAAGGGGGGAAGGGGACCGAGGGUCCCGUGCUGGCCAGAGGGCCGUUCCCCAAAGGGGGAAGGGGACCGAGGGUCCCGUGCUGGCCAGAGGGCCGUUCCCCAAGGGGGGAAGGGGACCGAGGGUCCCGUGCUGGCCAGAGGGCCGUUCCCCAAGGGGGGAAGGGGACCGAGGGUCCAGUGCUGGCCAGAGGGCCGUUCCCCAAGGGGGGAAGGGGACCGAUGGUCCCGUGCUGGCCAGAGGGCCGUUCCCCAAGGGGGGAAGGGGACCGAGGGUCCCGUGCUGGCCAGAGGGCCGUUCCCCAAAGGGGGAAGGGGACCGAGGGUCCCGUGCUGGCCAGAGGGCCGUUCCCCAAGGGGGGAAGGGGACCGAGGGUCCCGUGCUGGCCAGAGGGCCGUUCCCCAAGGGGGGAAGGGGACCGAGGGUCCCGUGCUGGCCAGAGGGCCGUUCCCCAAGGGGGGAAGGGGACCGAGGGUCCAGUGCUGGCCAGAGGGCCGUUCCCCAAGGGGGGAAGGGGACCGAGGGUCCCGUGCUGGCCAGAGGGCCGUUCCCCAAGGGGGGAAGGGGACCGAGGGUCCCGUGCUGGCCAGAGGGCCGUUCCCCAAAGGGGGAAGGGGACCGAGGGUCCCGUGCUGGCCAGAGGGCCGUUCCCCAAGGGGGGAAGGGGACCGAGGGUCCAGUGCUGGCCAGAGGGCCGUUCCCCAAGGGGGGAAGGGGACCGAGGGUCCCGUGCUGGCCAGAGGGCCGUUCCCCAAGGGGGGAAGGGGACCGAGGGUCCCGUGCUGGCCAGAGGGCCGUUCCCCAAAGGGGGAAGGGGACCGAGGGUCCCGUGCUGGCCAGAGGGCCGUUCCCCAAGGGGGGAAGGGGACCGAGGGACCCGUGCUGGCCAGAGGGCCGUUCCCCAAGGGGGGAAGGGAACCGAGGGUCCAGUGCUGGCCAGAGGGCCGUUCCCCAAGGGGGGAAGGGGACCGAUGGUCCCGUGCUGGCCAGAGGGCCGUUCCCCAAGGGGGGAAGGGGACCGAGGGUCCCGUGCUGGCCAGAGGGCCGUUCCCCAAGGGGGGAAGGGGACCGAGGGUCCCGUGCUGGCCAGAGGGCUGUUCCCCAAGGGGGGAAGGGGACCGAGGGUCCCGUGCUGGCCAGAGGGCCGUUCCCCAAGGGGGGAAGGGGACCGAGGGUCCCGUGCUGGCCAGAGGGCCGUUCCCCAAAGGGGGAAGGGGACCGAGGGUCCCGUGCUGGCCAGAGGGCCGUUCCCCAAGGGGGGAAGGGGACCGAGGGUCCCGUGCUGGCCAGAGGGCCGUUCCCCAAGGGGGGAAGGGGACCGAGGGUCCCGUGCUGGCCAGAGGGCCGUUCCCCAAGGGGGGAAGGGGACCGAGGGUCCAGUGCUGGCCAGAGGGCCGUUCCCCAAGGGGGGAAGGGGACCGAGGGUCCCGUGCUGGCCAGAGGGCCGUUCCCCAAGGGGGGAAGGGGACCGAGGGUCCCGUGCUGGCCAGAGGGCCGUUCCCCAAAGGGGGAAGGGGACCGAGGGUCCCGUGCUGGCCAGAGGGCCGUUCCCAAAGGGGGGAAGGGGACCGAGGGUCCCGUGCUGGCCAGAGGGCCGUUCCCCAAGGGGGGAAGGGGACCGAGGGUCCCGUGCUGGCCAGAGGGCUGUUCCCCAAGGGGGGAAGGGGACCGAGGGUCCCGUGCUGGCCAGAGGGCCGUUCCCCAAGGGGGGAAGGGGACCGAGGGUCCCGUGCUGGCCAGGGGCCAGAGGGCCCAUCGUCGCCCUAUGGAAGAACUCUAAUCUAUUCCUCGUGUGAGGGCCAACAUGUUGCCGUCAGCAGUCAUGGUUAA